AUGCCCGGCGACGACAUCCCCGAUAGCGAGGACGAGGUCGUCUACGAAGACGACGACGAGGACGAGGAGGAGGAGGAUGACAACGAGAUGGAGGAUGCGCCUCCAGCCGCUGCUAAGCUGGAGGCGGUCCUCCCGGACGACUACGACGAGGAUGCGGCCACGGCUGCCGCCCUGGCCGCGUCAUUGGCCGACGAGGAGGUCAAAUGGUCAUGGCUAGGGCUAGAGGACAUCGUCCAGCUCUCGGUCAUGGUGGCGGAGCACGUAGAAACCACCACCACCGCUGCCGCCGCACGCGCCACCACAGACCGCGUGGGACGGCCAGGAGGUUCCACCGCCACCGACGCCACCGCACUUUGCACCUCCUCCACGGUACGCGCGGCUAGCGGAGGUGCCUGCUUGGGCGCAGCAGCUUUGGACGUCAACGCCGUUCAUCUACCUCGUCUCCGACGAUGA